AUGUCGGAAGAUUUGCUGAAGCAAUUUGAAGAUGUUACCAGUGCAUCGCACGAUAUAGCGGAGCAGUAUCUUGCAAGAAAUGGAAAUGAUAUGGCUGAAGCAUUAAAUGAUUACUAUCGUGAUACUGAGGGAAGAAGACCAACACCUGCAGCAGAGCCAAAAGAGAAGUCAGAUCGAAAAUUCAGAUCAAUGGCUGAAAUCAGGGAUGCUGAGGAGCGUCCUAUGGAAGAUGAUGAUGAUGAGAAGAACUUCUUUACAGGAGGAGAGAAGUCAGGAUUGCAGGUGGAGAAUCCAGAUAAUCAGGGAAAUGAUGAUAAGGAAAAAAGCCCUAUGAAUCUUGUUGAGGACUUACUCAAGAAAGCUGAGCGGGAGGCUGGACAACCAGACACAAGAGAGCCGAUAAAGCAUCCUAAGGCACCAAAAUUCAAAGGUGCGGGCUACAAGUUGGGAUCCGUCGAGGAUAAAAUUGAAUCUUCCAAAAUUGAAGACCCCAAUGCAGUUAACAGACCCCAGAUCCCUGAAAAGGUUACCAGAAAGAUUACAUUUUGGAAGGAGGGCUUCCAGGUGGACGAAGGAAAGCUUUACAGAUACGAUGAUCCUGCAAACAGCCAGUAUUUAGACGAAUUAAACCAGGGAAGAGCACCUCUUGGACUUUUAAACGUGCAAAUGUUUCAGGAUGUGGAUGUCCAGGUGGUGAAAAAGCUUGAUGAAUCAUUCAAGCCACCGAAGAGGAAGGCUGGCGGUUUUAUCGGUGAGGGAAGAAGGCUUGGAUCUCCUAUUCCCGGUGAGCCGAUAGUCGUUGGAGGACUGGAUUCGCAAAAAGAAAAACAGCAGGAGAAGGAGGAAGAGCAAGAGGAAAAGCAGGAAGAAAAGAAAGAGGAGGAAGGAAGUGGUGAUGCUAGAAUUCAGAUCAGACUUGCUCAUGGAGAGAGAAUUGUGCACGGAUUCAAUUCCAGCGAUACCGUGUCUGCAAUUUUUGAUUUUGUCGCUGAUAAAACUGAAGAUACGAGACCUUGGACUCUUGCCACAACUUUCCCUAUGAAGCUUCUUGAUACUAUGAAGGAUCAAACCAUUGCUGAAUCAGGGCUUGCAAACUCGGUCGUUGUUCAAAGGCACAAAUAA